AUGGCAAGAAAGAAGAGCCGAUCAAGCAGCAGCUCAAGAGGGAAGAAACGCAGCCGCAGCAAAGAGAAGGAGAAGGUGAAGGAGAAGAAAGAAAAAGGCAAGGACAAGAAGAAGGAGAAAGAGAAGGAGAAAAAGGACAACAAGGACCGAGGGAAAGAAAAGGACUCGGAGAAGGAAGAAGAGAAGAAGAAAAGCAAAGAUAAAGAAAAACACAAGGACAAAGAGAAAGACAAAGAUAAGGACAGAGAGAAGGAUAAGGAGAAGGAGAAAGACAAGGAUAAAGAGAAAGACAAGGAGAAAAGCAAAGCAAAAGAUAAAGACAAAAAAGAAAAGGACAAAGAGAAAGACAAGGAUAGAGAAAGAGAAAAAGACAAGGAGAAGGGCCAUGCGAAGGAGAAGGAUCGAGAACGACAUGCAAAGGAGAAGGAGAGAGAAAGAGAUCGAGAUCGCUCCCGGUCUCGGGACCGGAGAAAGAGCAGUUCCUCAGAGUCGAGUAGUUCAGGCAGCGAGGACAUGGGUCGACGCGUAUGGCCAAUUGCUGUUGGCCUUGCGACGAGCAGCUUUCAGCUUCUGCCUCCAAUGUUGGAGCUUGUCGAUGUGACCACGGAUCCACCGCCGGAACUUCAACUGCCUACACCAGCGCCUGUAACACUGGCAGUGCCUGCUCCUGCACCGCCUGCAGGAUUUACGUCUGGCUUCGCUGAUAAGCUGAGGCCAGGCUUGGGCAUAACCCCUACAGCCAGCACCUUGGCGAGACACGCGCCUCUGACGGGUCAAGCCUUGGCGCAGCAGCAGGGGAAGCAGCAGGUUUGCUUCAACUAUACUGGCGGCAAGUGCUUCAGAGCAGACUGUCGCUUUCUUCAUUUGGGCCCCGGUCCGAGGUAG